AUGGCUAAAACUAAAAAGGUUGCUACAGAUUUCGAAAAGAUCAUCAACGAGGGGCGCGAGCGAAAGAAAAACGAAGACCUCGCCAAUCGCAUCUUCUCCAAGAACCGCCGCCAGAGCGCGCCAUCCAAGCUUGGUGUCAAGUCCACUUCCAGUCCCUCGCUCGCAAGUCGCGUCGGCGUUAGAAAGGUGCAGCGCGCCUCGGGCAUCGGCGCCCGCUCGAAUGCUCCCGGUAACGUGAACGGCGAAUGGACUCAUGACCUACACCAUUCGAUCUCGGGUGACCUGAGCGCCCGUAUCUCUGCCCCCAAUGGUCCCAGCAAGAGAGCCAACAACCGCCGAACAGCUCGACUAUCCGCCGCUGUUGAUCGCAUGGACACUUCGGCCGAUGCGCCUCAGCAAGUCAACAUAGUAAAACCGAAGGGGAACAACGCCAACAACAGUUCCAUGGGCAUGAGCAUCCGGGGUCUUGCUGGGCCGUUUACCGUUAUGGCACAAAACUUCGCUCCUGGCACCACCCCUGCCGAUAUCGAGAGCGCCAUGACUCCCAUCGGAGGCGAGAUUGUGAGCUGUCGCAUAGUCAAAUCGAAGCCUAUCCUCAUCUUCGAGAUGGCCUUUGCUUCGCGCGAAGGUGGCGAACGAGUCAUCGAAACAUUUAACGACAAGACUGCUGAUGGCAGAAUCAUUAAAGUCUACCCUAAGCUCGGCGCUCCAACAAACAUCUCAUCUCCCAACCCUCCCAGGGAUGCCCCUAGCGGCCCUCGGGGCAGUCGCGCAAGCAGGCCCACCAAGGACAACUUUGUUGACGGCUCAAUGGGGUUUCCUGACUUGAUGCAGACCACUGCCACAAACGAUUCAUCAAGGAGCAACCAGUUGUAUAGUGAUAACCUUGUUGGCGGCAACCGAAGAGGUCGCGGUGGCCCAAGGGGUCGUGGUGGACGAUAA